AACGUUUUUCCCCAAACAACAACAUUCAGCCUUUUCUGCUAUGAAAACAUAAAAUUUAUUUUUGUUAGCAUUUGGAUUGCUCUAAUUUCGUCAAUGGUGACUGAUAAUUUUGUUAUUCAUAAAACUUUUAAGUGACAAUGCAAACCAAUCUUGCCAAGCCUGCGGUUAUAAGGAACUUCCGCGUCACCCAUACAAACAAAAUCUAACCCUUCCCCUUCCACCCACUUGGCCUAUAAUUCAGUGUGUCGGUCGGGCUAGUUAAUCAUACAGACAGAGCUUGGUGCUUGGACUGGGUCAUUACUCAUCCCCCCACACAAGCAGGACUGCGAAACUCUCAGCGAGUGUGUGAGACAGGGAGAUAUUUCACUGGAACUACUCCUCCCACUUUUAGUAUUCGAGAUUAAACAUUAUAACAAUACCACAUCAGUGACUUCUGUCGGUGGAUCGUAGUGUAGACACCCUGAAAUAUGGGUCGAAAAAUUUCUGAAAUUGAGGUCCUUGAUGCUGAAAAGAGGCGAGCACCAAGCAAACACUAUGUGUAUGUCAUUCUUGUGACCUGGGCAGAUGGGUCGUCGCUGACAGUGUUUCGACGCUACAGCCGUUUCUUCGACCUUCAGACAAAACUCCUCGACUUGUUUCCAGUUGAAGGAGGAAUCAUUGACCCACAGAAACGAGUUAUUCCAUUCCUCCCAGGAAAAAUAUUUUUUGGGAGAAGCCAUGUCAAGGAUGUUGCUAUGAAAAGGAUGAAGGACAUCAGUGAAUACUGCAAGAGUCUGAUCAAACUACCGUCCCAUAUUUCGGAAUGUGAAGAUGUUUUGGAGUUCUUCGAAGUAGAGCCUGAGGAUUUAGACCCUCCAUCUGCUAACCCGGAGGAUGGGAAGAGAAAAUUGUCCCUUAGUUUAUCCCUUAAUAGCCUCAGCAAAUCGAAGAGCUCCAAAGAGAAGAAGGCGGAGAAGAUCUCGAAGCCCAAGCGUCUGGCCCGCUAUGUGGCAGUGGCGGAGUACACCGUGCAAGCCUCCGGGGAGAUCGCGCUACAGCCCGGCAUGACGGUCGAGGUUCUGGAGAAGUCCGACAGUGGUUGGUGGUUUGUCAACUCGGAGGACGAGCAGGGCUGGGCACCCAGCACAUACCUGGAGCCAGAGUCGGACACUGAGGACAAGUCUGAGGAAGUGAUGAGGGCGAAGCCUGGCUCGGAAGAGAAGUAUCUGUGCAUAGAGGACUUCACAGCGGCGGGUGCAGACGAAAUCAGCCUGGAGAAAGGAGCCGUGGUGGAGGUGGUAGAGAAGUCGAUGGAUGGCUGGUGGCUUGUCAGUUAUCAGGGCAGAGUAGCGUACGCUCCGGGAACCUACCUGAAGAAAGCCACCAACGCGCAGAGCAAGAAUCUGGCAGAUCAGGCUCGGCUGAGCGGGGUUCAGAUCAUCAGCAGUCUACAGGAUGUGAGCAAUCUUCUGAACAAAGAGGAAACCAAAGCAUCAAACUCACAGUCCCCCUCAAACAACCAAGCAUCAUCUGAUGUUGUCAAAAAGCCUGUGGCCUCAGCCGUCGUCAAACAGAGGUCCCUAGAGAGGGGUGGCAGCCUCAACCCGCCCCCGAGACAGAACUCAAUCACCAAAAUCGCCAGCCCCACCUCACAGAGCAAGUCAAAUAUUUACGUCACUAUUGAGGCCUUUGAGGACACAGUUGGAGACGGCUUGAGCUUUAAACAGGGCGAAAAAGUUUAUGUGAAGGAGAAGACGACGUCGGGCUGGUGGUUUGUUGCCCUCGGCCAGGAGGAGGGCUGGGUUCCUUCCUCCUAUCUGGAGUCGUGCACGGACGAUCUGAGAUCAAGCUCCGUCUAUGAGCUGGCCUCCUCUGACGAGCACGGCGACCCAGCAGAGCAGAGUGACGACAGCGACGACAGUGACAAGGACUACGACGCUGACGAAGACUGGUACGUCACACCUGACAGUGAUCUAGGAAGAGAGUCGCAGGCGGGACCGAUUGUCAUCCCAACAACGUCGCCAGACUUGAGAGGCAAACGACCUUUACCCCCUAUCCCUCCAGAAGAAGACCAAGAGGAAGAAAAUAAGCCGGCAGCUCAGCCCAAAAGAUUUGCGGCGAGGCCUUUGCCGCCCCCACCAGCUCCCCCGGUGGAGAGUGAGUCUAAGGCAGAUACCCCGGCCCUCCCUCCAAGCGUACCAACGGUCAAACCAAGCCUGCCAGCGGUCAAACCGAAUGUGCCAAAGGCGCCAUACAACACGGUGGCGAAGGCGACCUCAGGCAAGCCCAAGCCUCAGCUUCCAGACCCCGCCAGUCAAGCCAAACCCGGUGGGGGAGGUAGUGGUGGUGGGGACCUGGCGUCUGUGCUCAAGUCCAAGUUUGAGGCCCGAGCCCGCGCCGCCGCCAGUUCAGAUGAAGAGCUGGAGGAAAACAAGAAAAGUUCCCCUUCUGUGCCCACGACGAAGCCCACACCUUCUGCUGGAAAAGUGUUCCCUCCUGCCUUGCCCAGCAAACCUUCAGAUCUCCGGAAGAGUCCAAGAGAAAGCAGUCCACAGUCCUCAAGACCAAACAUUGGUAGUAAUAAAGGGUUUUCCAAACCGCCUCCGCCGGCGAAAUCAAAGCCAACAAGUGCAGCAGCGAGCAACUCGUCCGCAACUGUUGACAAGCCCAGUGUGCCACUGGUUCCCCUGAAACCAGUCGGUAAACCAGAGCUCGGUAAACCAGAGCAAAGCGGUAACGGCACUUCCAAUCAGGACAAAAAUCAGGGUGUGUCAAAAGAGAAGCCAAAUGUUAAAGCGAUGACAGGAUUAUUCAACAAGCCGGCGAACCCAAAACCCUCCCCGGCAGGCAAGCCCCAGCCAGCUGUUAAGCCAAAACCAGGAGUUGCAGUAAAACCUUCAAUAGCUAGUAAACCAAGUGGUCAGUCAAGUAAACCGAACGGUCAGUGGAAUAAGCCAAGUGGUCAAGCGCAAGUGAACAAUUUGGCCAAUAGUCUCAGCAGCAAACUCAACUUUGGCCAAAGCCCCGCUUCUGAUGUCAACCAAAACAACCCGAAGUUGAAACCAAAGCCAGAGGUUGCUGAGAAGCUGCCGUCGUCUGCUCCUCCCAGUGCUCCGAAACCCUCAUCUCAAGGCCAGGUUUGCGUGGCUGUGUACGACUUUACCGCCGAGAACUCGGGAGAGAUUAGUUUUUGUGAAGGCGAUGAGUUGGAGAUUUUGGAUGAGCAGGACGACUGGAGUUUGGUGCGUUUCUACGACGACGAAGGCUGGGCUCCGACGGGUUACUUAAAGAAAGAGUAACUUAUACAUGGGCUGUAGUUUUUUCACUGUACCCUGCUGCCUGUAUCUGUCAUUCCUGUAUCGCUUAUAUUAUGAGUGGUGCAGCCUUUCUCUUCUUGGUUUUUUUUUUUCUUUUAAUUAAAUAAAUCUUCUUCCAUUUUUUAUCUGCCAAGUACUACCAUAAAAUCAGAGCUCUCUCCUAUUUUUUUGCCUGUCGCAGAACUGCAAUAGGAUAUGCAUAAAAUCUUUUUUUUUUCUUCAAUUCUAUUUCCAUGAGGUCAUAUGUGAUGUUUCGUAAGUGAUGUGAAAAUAUUAAUUUCUGUUUGCAAUAUUUGCAGGACCAAGCAAUAAUAACAUGAAGAUAGAAUUUUUAUUUUGCUUAUUAAAUUUGAUGACUUAGCAAUACGUCUUUAUUUGUUGUUGUAGUGUUAUUACAUAAUCUUGCUGUACUGGAGUCAUGGAGACUCCCGAUUUAUUUAGCCUGUUGAGUUCCUGCGAACUGUCGGCAUCGCUGACCGUUUAUGAUGCCACAGCGCCGGAAGAAAGAGAGAGAGAAAAAGAGAGAGAGAGAGAGAGAAAGAGAGAGAGAGAAAGAGAAAGAAA